UCUUCAUUACGCACAUCCACAUGUCCCUUUAAUAUUUUUCUCUGCAAUGGAAACUGCUCAUCCACCAUCAUCAGUCUCCACUCUUUGAUCUUGGGCAGGCUGCACGCAUGCGCCCCUCAUUGGCUCCUCUGCACUGUCUGGAGUAAGUUGGAUGCGCGCUCUCCUCACUCGCAUCCCUACACCACCUCAAAAGCUGUUGCGAUGGGGAGGAUCAGGAAAAACCACUUUGGGAUUUUGACUUUUUCCUUACUUGUGACUUUUGUCUGGGCUCAAAGCGUCAAGGAUCUCAAAGAUCCCAGCAAUAUGCCUCUGGUAAAAGAGACCGUGGACAGACUGAUGAAAGGAUACGACAUUCGGUUGAGGCCAGAUUUCGGAGGUGCGCCGGUGGCUGUGGGGAUGAAUAUUGACAUUGCCAGCAUAGACAUGGUCUCUGAAGUCAAUAUGGACUACACCUUGACAAUGUACUUUCAACAAGCGUGGCGGGACAAGCGUCUUUCCUACUCUGAGAUCGCCUACAACCUGACCCUGGAUAACAGAGUGGCUGAUCAACUGUGGGUCCCUGACACCUACUUCCUCAAUGACAAGAAGUCCUUCGUCCAUGGCGUCACAGUGAAGAACAGAAUGAUCCGUCUCCACCCUGACGGCACAGUGCUUUAUGGACUCAGAAUCACCACCACUGCAGCGUGCAUGAUGGACCUGCGUCGCUACCCUCUGGAUGAGCAGAACUGCACCCUGGAGAUCGAAAGCUAUGGCUACACCACUGAUGAUAUUGAGUUUUACUGGCGAGGCGGCGAUGGAGCCGUGUCCGGAGUUGACAGAAUAGAACUGCCACAGUUUUCUAUUGUCGACUACAAACUCAUCUCCAAGAAUGUGGUCUUCUCCACAGGUUCAUAUCCCCGCCUGUCCCUCAGCUUCAAACUGAAGAGGAACAUUGGUUACUUCAUCCUGCAGACAUACAUGCCUUCCAUCCUGAUUACCAUACUCUCCUGGGUCUCCUUCUGGAUCAACUACGAUGCCUCAGCUGCCAGAGUGGCCCUGGGGAUCACUACGGUGCUGACCAUGACCACCAUCAACACCCACUUGCGAGAGACACUCCCUAAGAUUCCCUAUGUCAAGGCUAUUGACAUGUACCUGAUGGGCUGCUUUGUGUUUGUCUUCCUGGCCCUGCUGGAGUAUGCCUUCGUCAACUACAUCUUCUUUGGUCAGGGCCCGCAGCGUCAGAAGAAGGCGGCUGAGAAAGCAGCCACAGCUAAUAACGAGAAGCUGAGACCCGACCCCAACAAGUGGCUGGUGGGAAAUGUAGUUCAGAGAGAUGAUGCUCUGUAUGCCAGAAUGAAACAGAGGGAAAUUGACGCAUAUGACUCGAUGUGGGAUCCCAUCUUUGUGGACGAUGCCGCAUUAGGACUAGGCGAGCAAAGAAAUAAGAUGACUCCCGACGACAACAUCCUGUUCAGCACCUUGGAAAUGAAGAAUGAGAUGGGUGGUGCCGGGGAUCUGUCCCGGGGCCUGGGAGCACCCGGAGAUCCCCGCAACACCAUGCUGGCCUACGAUAGCUCGACGCUGCAGUACCGCAGGGCAGCCAUGGCCCGCCAGAACUAUGGCCACAGCGCCUUGGAGCGCCACGCCCAGAAGAAGUCUCGCCUACGGAGACGGGCCUCCCAGCUCAAGGUGAACAUCCCAGACCUGUCCGACGUGAACUCUAUUGAUAAGUGGUCCAGGAUGAUCUUCCCCACCGUCUUCUCCUUCUUCAACGUGGUCUACUGGCUCUACUACGUCCAUUAAACCCAGCAGCGUCUGGCGGCCAUCUUAUGGCAGCCAUGCAAAGAAGGGGGGGAGGGGAUGGGGGGCAGGGAGGGCGGGCGGGGAGACAGGGUUUACGGGGGACACGAGAGAGCUCGAGAAAGAGAGGCGAGAGUCGAUGUGAGUGAGAGAAUGCGAGAUGAACAGUGCACCAACAUUUUUAUCUGGUUCAUUUUAGAGAAGGAGAAUGAAAAGACUUUUGGACGGACUGCGGCAGCACCCGACACUUCAGUCAGCAGUGACUCUUUUAGGAUUUUGGAAACACCUUAAAAAUGACUGACAAACACUCGAAAAAAGAAGAGCAAGUUUUAAAAAGACAGAAAUGGUGCCUGUUCUAGAAUUUCAAUAUAUCACUAAUAUUUGUCAUUCGUAGCUUACUCUCUGUGGAUCAAAUAUUUAUGCUUGUGUUUGCAUAUACUUUAAGGAUUUGUUUUGUUAAGUAUCUAUUUACUUCGUAGCUGAGCUGUCUGCAUCCAGGAAAGCUUUAUAAAUGAUUUUAAAGGAGUCAUCCUUGAUAGUCUAUUUUCCUAUAAUUACUGUAUAUCAAAAACAUCCUUUAACAGCAUGCUUAUGUUUGAUUUCAUUUGCAUCUCAGUCAUAAUGAUGAUGAAGCGCAAAAGCAUUCUCAUUUUUACUAGUUAUGGGUUGUUCUGUCAGUUACUACGUCGCAGCUUUGGCUUAGCACAGCUCAUCUGGGUGGAUGGUGUGUGAGCGUCUGUGGAUGACAACACGUGGACAGCAGGGGGCGCUCUUUUCUCUGGACCUCCCUGUGGGACUCUAACGGUGCCAACGCUGAACAGAAGACACUUUCCUUGGUUGUUUAAGGUCCCAUAUUUAUUUGGUGAAAGAGUGGCAUUGUUGGACACUGACACUUUGGUAAAAUUUCUAUUUUUAUUUAUGUAUUUAUUUAUUUAUUUAUGUAUUGGUGUGCUGACAGAAUCAAGUCCAUUGUUUGUUUAUUUAAUUAUUUUGUAUUUAUUUUGAAGGGAACGUUUGACUCCUCUGUACUUUCUGUCAUUGUGUGAGGAGCUUCCGAGAAGAAGAAUGGCUUUAAAAGACUUAAGCUGGUGUAAGAACUUUGCUGAUAGAUAAGCUGAGUUUCAUUGCAACCAGAGUUGCUGCAUAAAUAUGGCAAUCCACAAUCAUCACUAUCAGUAGAGGUGAAUGAUAGACGUAUGAUGCGUUUCCAUUGUGACUAGGUUUCUGUUUUGAAAAACUGUAGAUAAAGAUAAAUCAUGUUUAAAGAAAAAGAGAUGAUUCAUUUUUAUAGACCAAUACUCACAUUAUUGUGUAAAUAUUAUGAAUUUAUUCUAUUUAAAUGGCUCUCUGUUGUUGUUUUUGCAGUUGAAUUGCAGAUCAAAUGCUCCAUCCAAUCAAGUUAAAAAAAAAAAGAAAAUAGAAAUUUCACUGAGGAAAAAAAAAAAGAAAGCAUUUCAAUUCACAACUUUGCUGACUCUGUACUUUUGGGACUUUUCUCUCUUUUCUUUCUUUUUAAUGGACUUUAAAAAGCAUAUAGUUGCUGAUACUAAAGCACUUCCAGACACCAGUGACUCUUGGGUCAUUGUGUUGUUCUCCAGAAACAACAACAUAACAAGGACCCCACUAUCCAGGCAUUGAAGUCAGGCAUAUUUUGUACAAAGUUUCUGUAAAUUCCAAUUGUAAUAUUUCAUAAUGACUGUAAAUAUCUUGUGUAAUGAUUGUCAGCAAUUAUGAAGAUGUAUCUAAAUUCAAUUAAAUUCAGUCUAUCACUUAAAUAACAGA